CCACUCAUCCUCAUAAUUUGCCGGAGCCUUGCUGUGGCACUCGACAGCAGCAGCAGCAACAAGAAGAACCAUGGGCAAGGCUAGCAAGACCAACAGGCAAAAGAAGAAGGCGUUCACGGCAGCCCCAACAAAACCUGUGCGAGUGCAGUUUGUUGACUGGAGAAAAGCCUUUCUUCACAUCAAGUCCUACAGGGGCAGAACCACCGAUCCCGAGGCGAUGGAGUUGGACUUUGCUCGUGGAAUGUUUCGGAGAGGUCUUGCCAUGGCCCAAGGCGACGAAUGUGAUGAAGAAUCGUUAUUUCAAGCAGCCAACCUCAUUGCUCAAGCCUUCCUCCUGGAUUGUCGAUCAAUCAAUUGGUUGCCCUCCCUCCCGCUCGACGAAGCAGACCAAGCGGGUAAGGUGGUCAUGGAUAUGGCACUCCUUCAGCGUCUCGCGCAAAGCCACAUAAACAACGCAUCAGAUGACGUGGUUCUACAAGCUCUCCUGACACUGUUCUUUCGUCUCCAGUCCUGUAUCGACCGCAAGGAGGAAGACAAAGACCAAAUUGCAACAGGCAUUGAGUUCACCACGGAGUGGCUACAGCUUUUCCAGGAGCAACCUCAUUUGGAAAUUGGUUGGUUUGCUCGGCCCAAAGUUCUCUUUUUGCGUGCUGAAUUCUUUGUUUCGCUAAACAAGAGAGUCAAGGCUGUCCAAGACCUUACCAAGGCAUUGGCAAUCAAUCCUGGUUUCCUCAAAGCUCGCGUCAUGCGUGCCGAUCUUUGGUCCCGCCGUCGGGACAUGGACAAGGCAGUCGUUUUUGCGGAAUACUGCAAGGUCACGGAACAAGCCCACGUCGACAGCUACCAUUUGCCAAAGUGCUACGCCAUGUUGGCCUGCGAGGCAUUGAACAAUCCCAAGCUUGGUUCCGUCAAGGAAGCAGAGUUCUUCUUCUCCAAGUGUCUCCGCUCUGCCAAGCGCUGUCUGGAGCUAUACGGGAAUGACAUGCCGCGCAAACAAAGCAACAAACUGGUGGAGCAAGCCAAACGCGAGUUUCUCGUGUUUUGGAAUGGGCCACAGAAGCGACGCGACGUUCGGGAAGGACUCGACGCCGCCUUUGUUCAGGCGAACACCGAGACAGAACGUGCUGCCUACCCCAAGUCACUCCACCUCGUCUGCUUGUCAUGCGGAAAGACAUCCAAGGACGUGGCCAACAAGAACUUGCUCUGCUGUUCCCAUUGCCGAAAGGUGUCCUACUGUUCGAAAGAGUGCCAGCGAGGCGACUGGGCGGAACACAAGGAAUUCUGCAAGAUGAUCAUGACAAAGCCGACGAGCCAGGAUGAACCGCCCGUCAACCAGGACAGCAACAAUCGCAGCGACAAGACGGCGGAACACGAGGACUGCAAGCCAUCGGACAAAGACCGUUCGGAACAGAUUGACACGGAGGAGCAAUCUGCCACGGAGGAGAUCACGACGGAACGAAAGGGCCAGAAGCAUCCUGAAGAGAGGGGGAACGAGGGGCUGUCUACCACGGAAGAGACCACGGCGGAGCCCAAGGACCACAAGUCGGAUGACAAAGAUCAUCAUUCGGAACAAAGUGACACAGAAGAGCUUUCCGCCACGGAGGAACUCGAUGAUUCUGAACAAGCCGACAUCAUCCAGAGCAGUGGAGGGAGCAAGGAAUUGGUUGUGCGGGAUCUCAUGGCCAAGGUGGAUGGUGUGGCUGAUGAGACGGUGUUUUCAUUGACGGCCCGUGAAAUUCGCCUGCUCUUGGAUCUUCCCACGAAUCAGAAACAAGAACAACGACCCAUCGACCAAGGCGACACCCCAGCUGUCUUCAGCUAUUGUGUUUCCAGCAUCCAGGAUAUCGACUAAGAAAGACCGGUCGAUCGCUUCCCACCGCCAUCGAGACGCAAUCAAACGUCUACAGACAUUGCGGAACUUUCGCGAACGGAGGGAAGUGCAAAGGGAAACAUGGAAGCAUGUCGGGAGGACAGGAUCCCAACGAAUGAAUGAAUGAUUAACAAUGCCGUAGAGUCACAACAAACAGCCGCAAACGAAACGAAAUAGGCAGAUUCUCUAAUUAUUAAAUACAUUUUAUUCAU